AUGUUUGGUCAUGUUGUUAAAUGUACAAACUCUCAUCAAGUAUGGAGUACUCCUCAAUCUCUCUUCACUACGACCUCCAAAGUACACAGUCUUCAACUUCAAUCUCUCAAAAAGGGAAAUAUAUCCAUUCAUGACUACAUGUUGAAGAUGCAAACUCUUGCUGAAAAUCUUGCAUCUGCUGGUCAACCUUUAUCUGAUGAAGACUUAAUCUUAUAUAUUUUUGGAGGCCUUGGACAUGAAUAUGAUUCUGUUGUUGUUAACCUCACCUCUCGCCAUGACCAACUUACAAUUCAAGAGGUUCAGUUUAUGCUCCAAAGUCAUGAAAUGCGACUUGAGCAUCUCAACACCCCUACUCUUUCAGACCUAUCAAAUCCUAGUGCUCAUCUUGCCACUCAACUACAACGUGGUCUUCAUCUACAAAACUCCACCAACCAGCUGUCACCCUCAAGUAGACGUGGCUCUUACCAUGGCCAUGGUCGAGGACAUGGAGUUCGUGGUAAUCGACCCUGGUGUCAACUCUGUGGUCGAGUAGGUCAUUUCGUCACCAAAUGCUCUCACCGGUUUGAUGUCAACUUCCAAGGUCCCUCAAACACUUCAAACAUCAGUCAUCCCAACAAUCUUCCAUCCUUUGGUCAAUAA